GCGAGCUGGAGUCCGCGUCGUUGCUCACGGCCACUGACUAGCGGAGAGAGACCCAGCGCGAGGGAACCUGCUGGCGCUGCUGGGGUCAUGGAAUUCUGAAGAAUUUAAUCAAGAGAAAUCUGGGGGAAGCUGGAAAUCACUGACUUAUUAAAUCCACACAGGAGGAGAAAAGAUAGUGGAAAGAACAUCUAUCAGCACUCCUUCCUAAACCUGUUUAAAAAACAAACAGCAUAUUUUAAUCAGAGAUUUCCCCUGGACCACAGGCCACCAUGGAUGUGCACCUCGAUAACCUUGAGGGUCAGGAGAACACAAGCAACAUCGACAAGGAAAAGAACAGCACAGGAGAUAAGCAAGAUGUUGCUAUGAGGACAGAUUCAUCAGAAAUGACUGAGGUGGAACAUGUGAUCACCAGUUUUGCAGCUUCAGCAAGGACAGGCCGCCGAAAUGCCAUCCCAGACAUCCAGGGUUCAACUGCGACAGGUGAACUCUCAAAGUUACCCCUCAAACUGGAGAACCUCUCCUUGAAGAAAGAUGUAAUAAAAAAAGAUGAAGAAACAACACAAGACCAACUGGAAAAACCUUCAAAUGAAGAAAAAUGAAGGCUCAUAACAUAUUGCAAGUGCUGACUUUCUGCACUUUGAAAGACUUAGUGGUUCUGCUAUCCUGCGGUGUUUGAUCUGGUAGUAACUAUGGUAACAUUACAGCCCUAAGCAACAUGUGUAUUAGAUAAUUUUGGUGUAAUGCUACUACUUGGAUUGCAACCAUGAUGUACAAUAUAGGUUAUUAAAAGUCAAUUUGCUUCCAAAUUGCACACAAGGAAAAAUUUAAAAAAAUGGUCCCUUUAAAAAAUACUGUCUAUAAACCCCAAAAAACCAUUGUUCUCUUUUGAAAUUAAUUUGGUCAUAUAUUUUUAAUUACAUGCUUAUGGUAAUGGGUAGACCAUUGAUGUGAAACUUCGUAGAAUUUGUAGCAAAUUAUGUUUUUGGUGAGAAGGGAUAAUAGCAUAAUCAAAAACACUUGAAUAGAGUAUAUUUGUUCUUAACCAAAAAUAUCUAAUUUUCUCUUACAAAGAUUUAGAAAAAUAGCAAAGUUUGAUAAACCAAAUUUUUCUCUAGGAUGUUUUUGUCUGAUAUAUUUUGCUUCUGGUCUGUGCAUACUGUGAUUUUACAUGUGGGCUCUUAAAAUGCAAAAUAUGUGACAAAUUGUUUAUAUAGAACAUGACUAUUAAAUGAAUUUCACUAUCUUCCUUAAC